AUGGUGUUGUCUUUUGUGCUGGGCCAGGCAUGGGAGAUCGUGGGCAGCCCUGCAUUGCUCAACUCGCCCUUCGAGGCCGCGCAGCAGUGUGUGCAGACGGACUUGAUUCCUGUGGGCGCCUCUGAACGUCAGUCCGUCCUGGUGCGUUUUGGGCCUCCUUUCGUGGCUUACGAGGAGGAGCUGGGAUCAGAUGCGUCGCAGCCGCAACUGCUGCAUGAUGCGAUUGCUACAGACUUCUCCUUCCUGGCCAAGGUUGAUUCAUUCUGUAGGCAAGGGGUGGAGAAGACGCCGGGUGCAAGCUGGCUGCUUUUGGCAGAGACCUGUGCAGUCCUCAAUAGGUCUGUCAGCCUCGGGGCAGUGCAAGUCCCUGUUCCGCUACCAGUUCGACGGCUACAGGCGGUUUCGAGUUUUUUGAGAAGCGGGGGGGGGGGAGGUCCUUCGAGCCGCUUCUCAUGCUUUGUCAGACGGGAAGAAGCUGCUCGACUCGCCUCAGUAAGAUCCAGCUGA